CAUGACAGACACGCCCCUAAUGUUCACCGAACACGGCUUCAUACAUCCCCUGUUGUUAGCCGCGCGGACAAUAUCGUUUUGAAGUUAUUGUCGUGGACAACCUGUCAAAAGCGCGCAUUUUUUCAAAGCCAUCUUAAUGCGCCUGUAAGCCUUUUGGGGAAGGGAUCUUUAUCACCGGUGGGGCAGCGUUGUUGCUGGAGGCAGCCCCGCGAGCCCCUUUUAGUAUGUUUAAACAAUGAAGAGGCAUGUGGAGGACCAGGAACCGAUACUUGUGCCCCAGCAACAGCAACCUCAUCGCACCCCAGUCCAGGGCAUUGCAGAAAGCUUCCAGCACAGGGCUCUCGCCCCAUCUGCUACUGUGAUAGAGGCAGCCACAGACAAUAUGCAGCCAUCUUCUGGUAUCCAGUAUUCUCUUCCCCAGGGAUACCAGGUGCCGACAAUGCCUCAUAGCACAAGUGGACUCAACAGUUCUGCGCAACAUGUUGGCUCCCUUGCACACAACAUAGCAGCAGUCCAAACCCCAGCCCCUGCAGUGGUCCAAGGUCACAUGCAUCCAGUUGCGCCAAUGAGUUCCGCGCAAGGACAGCAGCAGUUCCAGCGACUGAAGGUUGAAGAUGCCUUGUCGUAUCUCGAUCAAGUUAAGCUUCAGUUUGGAAAUCAACCUCAAGUGUAUAAUGAUUUCCUGGAUAUUAUGAAAGAGUUCAAGUCACAGAGCAUUGAUACUCCUGGUGUUAUCAGUCGAGUGUCGCAACUCUUCAAGGGCCACCCAGACCUCAUUAUGGGCUUUAAUACUUUCUUGCCGCCUGGGUAUAAAAUUGAGGUUCAAACAAAUGACUUGGUCAAUGUGACCACACCGGGCCAGAUUCACUACAUCACGCCUCAUGGUAUAUCUGUUCAAAACAUCCCAGUUAGUGGAGCACCCAGCCAACCUGUAAACCAGCAUCAGCACCAGAGUGUGUCACAGGCCAACACACAUUCUGCUGCGGUCACCCCACCUGUCCCCACCCAGCCUGCAGCAAAUAAAAUCAACAAGGCCAUGCAGUCUCCAGCCCACACACCCACCAGCCAGCCAAACCCAUCCAUACCAUCUUACGCUUCACCGCGCUCACCUUCAGUUCAGUCCCACGCACCAGUGAGCAGUACACCGUCUGGUGGGCCGCCUCCCCAGAACAAUCAGCCGGUGGAAUUCAACCACGCAAUCAAUUACGUGAACAAGAUAAAGAAUCGCUUCCAGGGUCAACCUGACAUAUACAAAGCCUUCCUGGAAAUCCUACAUACAUACCAGAAAGAGCAACGGAAUGCCAAAGAGGCAGGAGGCAAUUACACUCCAGCUCUGACUGAGCAAGAAGUCUACACUCAAGUUGCACGACUCUUCAAGAACCAGGAAGACCUGCUUUCAGAAUUUGGACAGUUCCUUCCUGAUGCAAACAGCUCAAUGCUGCUUGGCAAAACGGUGCCUGACAGGGCAGAGUCUGUGCGUAAUGAUCAUGGCGGGACGGUAAAAAGGCCCUUAAUGAACAACAAACAGAAAUUGAGCCCCAACGGACUGACUGUCAAAAGACCUGGAGCUGUGGGAGUUUCACCCCUUCUCAAGAAGAAACCCAAACUAGUCGGGAAGGACCAUGGCUUUAGUGAUGUUGGAAAACACAGCAACAGCACUGAAACUAUGUUCUUUGAGAAGGUCAAGAAAGCUCUUAGGAGCUCUGAAGCCUAUGAAAGCUUCUUGCGGUGUUUAUACAUCUUCAACCAGGAAGUAAUUUCACGUGCUGAAUUGGUUCAGUUAGUCAUCCCGUUUCUUGGAAAAUUCCCGGAACUCUUUACGUGGUUUAAAAACUUCCUGGGCUACCAAGAAUCGAGCCAUGCGGAGAGUUUACCCAAGGAGCGAGCAACAGAGGGCAUUGCCAUGGAGAUUGACUACGCAUCGUGCAAGAGGCUUGGCUCGAGCUACAGAGCGCUACCGAAGAGCUACCAGCAGCCUAAAUGCACAGGAAGGACGUCACUCUGUAGAGAGGUUCUGAAUGACACGUGGGUGUCGUUUCCAUCUUGGUCAGAGGAUUCGACUUUCGUCAGCUCUAAGAAGACUCAAUAUGAAGAGCACAUUUACAGAUGCGAGGAUGAGCGUUUUGAGCUUGACGUCGUUUUGGAGACCAAUCUGGCUACAAUUCGAGCCCUUGAGUCAGUCCAACAAAGGCUUUCGCGAAUGUCUGCGGAGGAACAGCUGCGCUUCAAGUUGGACAGCACAUUAGGCGGGUCCUCAGAGGUCAUUCAUCGAAAAGCUAUUCAGAGGAUAUAUGGGGACCGAGCCCUGGACAUCCUGGAAGGUCUAAAGAAGAACCCAACAGUGUGCAUCCCCAUAGUUCUAAAGAGGUUAAAAAUUAAAGAAGAAGAAUGGAGAGAGGCUCAGAGAGGCUUCAAUAAAAUUUGGCGGGAGCAGAAUGAAAAGUAUUAUCUUAAGUCACUCGAUCACCAAGGCAUCAAUUUCAAACAGAACGAUACCAAAGUGUUUCGCUCAAAGACCCUGCUCUCUGAAAUUGAGAUGUUAUAUGAUGAGCGGCAGGAGCGGGCCUCAGAGGAACUCGCCGCACCCCCUCCUAGCGGCCCACACAUUAACCUGGCCUAUGAAGAUAGUCAGAUCCUCGAAGACGCUGCAUCCCUCAUUAUUCACCACGUGAAGAGACAAGUGGGCAUCCAGAAAGAUGACAAGUACAAGAUCAAACAAAUCAUACACCAUUUCAUCCCCGAUCUCCUUUUCGCACAACGUGGUGAGCUGUCCGAUGUGGAGGACGAGGAGGAAACGGAGGAUAUGGACGCCGAUCAAGACGGAACCAAAAAACACAAUGGUCUACCGGGCAGCAGCCCUUCAAAGUCCAAGCUACUCUUUAGCAACACGUCAGCUCAGAAGUUGCGUGCCACGGAUGAGGCAUAUAACUUGUUCUUCGUCAACAACUACUGGUACAUCUUCAUGCGCCUUCAUCACAUCCUCUGCUCUCGUUUACUGCGAAUCUAUGGGCUGGCUGAGAAGCAGAUUGAGGAGGAGGCCCGUGAGAAAGAAUGGGAAAAAGAAAUGUUUGGUUCCCAAAAAGAAAAGAAUGAGAAUCCAGCCUUCCAACUUAAGAUGAGGGAGCCAAUGGAUGUUGAGGUCGAGGAUUACUAUUCUGUCUUUUUGGAAAUGGUGCGCAACCUUUUGGAUGGUAACAUGGACCCAACUCAAUAUGAGGAUUCCUUGAGGGAAAUGUUUACUAUCCAUGCCUACAUUGCCUUCACCAUGGACAAGCUCAUCCAGAGCAUGGUCCGGCAGCUCCAACACCUCGUCACUGAUGACUCAUCUGCGCGUGUGAUGGACUUGUACCUUAGUGAAAUUGCCAAUAAAGCCACGGGCGGUGCCCUGCCCACGCAGGCCUCCCGCGCCACAGCAGAGGGUACCUACCAGCGCAAAUCAGAGCAGCUCAUGGCAGAUGAGAACUGCUUCAAGUUGAUGUUUAUGAAGAACCAGAAUUCCAUUUGCGUCGCCAUGGAGCUGCUGGACACAGAAGAGGAGAACUCUGAUGAUCCUGCUGAGCGGUGGCCGGACUAUGUGGGCAGAUACCCGAACUCUGAUUCGACUUCUACAGAGCUGCGUGAGCAUUUGGCCCAGAAACCUGUGUUCCUGCCCAGGAACUUGAGAAGAAUAAGGAAGUUCCAGAGAGGAUGGGAACAGCUACAACAAGAGAGGAUGACUGCGGGCACCUCAAACGAGUUGCCAGGUGAUAAGAGCAAAUUGAAGAUGGAGUGCAUGUUCAAGCUCAACUCCUACAAGAUGGUGUAUGUCUGCAAGUCAGAGGACUUCAUGUACAGACACGCCGCACUUACACGUGCGCAUCAGUCCCACAAGCGAGUCCACAGACGCCUGCACAGACGUUUUCAGGCCCGGUUGGACAGCUGGGCUAAGGAGCACGUGACGAGCGACAUGGCCGCAGCCAGCCAGAGGUGGCUGAUGGGAGAAGGACAAGAAGGCCUGGUGCCCUGCACUACAACUAGCUACCCUGAGGUCCUGCAUUAUCUCAAUGUUAACAAGUACCGAGUCAAGUACAGAACACAGUAGCCAGUCACCCGGUCGGCUGUCUGUUGACCCCGAUGGGAAGUUCAUGCCUCACCCUGCCUAUUAUUUUGCCAAGUUUGGGCUUUUGUCAUCACUCAAUUCAGGUCUUUUUCAUACUUUUCUUUGCUUUGCAGUCUGUUGUUUAAAAAAAAAAAAAAAAUCAGGUCAAUCUACAAGUUUGUCUUCUCAGUCGUGGGCAAAUGCCUCCUCUCGGAAAAAUGGGUUUUGAGUAUGUUAACACAGCUCAUCCUUUAAAAAAAAAAAAAAAAAAAACGCUCAUUUUUCGUCUUUUGGGGACAGAGGCGACAAGAAUUUUGCUUGUAAAAUUGGGCAGUGAAUGUUUGCCUUGCUGGUAAAGGUGCACUUGUGCACACUGGAGUCAACAACAAGUCCAUAAAAGUAAGGACGCGCCAACCACUUUUUGUAAAGGUCUGCUGUCCUUGUAUAGUGCACUGUAUGACACAGUGUCAAUAUUUAGCUAAAUGCAAAACAAUGCAAAAUGUAAAGUUUUUAUUAUUAUUAUUAUUAUUAUUAUUAUUAGUACAGUGUGUGGAGGUUGGAUUUAGGGACCUCGAUAUUUGUGAUCUGGUGAAGGUCAAGUCUGGAGAUACUAGAUCACUAUUUUAUAGGACUGAUCCGUCUGCACCAUUUUAAACCGUCUUUGAAAUCACUCUGACUUACAAGUGAUUUUAAAACGAAUGACUUUGGCCAAGCAGAAUAUUGUACUCAUGUGUACUCUAUCUGUUUGGAAGGUACAGUUUUUAAGGCUAAAAUGAACCACCAACAACUCAUUGUUUUAUUUGAGUUUGUCCAAACAAUCUAAAUCUGUGUGACAGAUUUAUUCAGUGAAACCUGGAUUUGAAUGUGUAUAUUUUCUCCAUGCUUAGUGUCAAUUCCUCUCCAACUGAUGUGUAUAUAGUAGUUCUAGCCGUCAAUGACAGCCAUGUAAAGUAUUUGGGUCAGCAGAACCAGCAAUACUUAUACCCUACUGUGAAUGUUAAUGGUUGUAAAACAUUAUAUCCCCUCCCCUUAACUCUAAAACUCAUUUUUUAUUUAGAGGUUGUAGUCAUUGUUGGAAAAAGUGAGAGCAGUUGUAGUUUUAUUAAUAUUUUCUGAGGUUGUACAGGAGUGAAAUUCAGCCUUUGACUCCAAUUUCCAUGUGCCACACAUUUACAGUUGAAACCAGAAAUCUAUAGACAGUAUGUUAUAUAAAAGACUUUUUAAUUGUUAAUCCUUUAAAGGGCAUGUGAUUGUUUGUAGUAGUUCUUAAAAAAAAAAGGGUAACCAAAUAAAAUGCCUGAUGCUGACAUACCGUGUAUACUCACGUGUGUAGGUUGCGCCCCUAGUUUGUAGUUAAAAAGGGGAGGUACUUUAGGUUGACCUUCAUAUAGGUCGCACCACAAUAUUAUAGCAAAAAAAAGUUUAGCAAUUUUUUGGACCAAUUUUAAAUACCAAUAUGACUGAAACAAAACUUCAUGGCAUUAUUUAUUUGAUUGUAUUUAUUUUGAGUAACAACUUGCAUACAUAGUAACAACUAAGUGCACAACACAAACAAAUCCAAUGUUGGUAAUAUAUUAAAUUUCUAGUUUUUUUUUUUUUUUUUUUUUUAAACGUAACUUUCUUAACUGUCUUACGAUAACUCUUCCCCGUCAUCAUGGAUGGAACCCCUUAAAAUUUCUCAUCAUCACCAUCACUUAACUAUAACUUCAGGUAACUACCGUUUAUUUGCGUGCUACAAGACCACACUUUUGAGGUCGCUUGACAACUGUGUGAAAUCCAAGAUGGCUGCAUGACGUACACAGUUGCAGCUUCGGCCACAAUCUUGGUGUUUAUUUCUUCCUUAGGCGAGUUUUGUUCCUAAGUACUGUUUGUUUAAAGUGCAGUGCAAUUUUUUGUUGUUGUACGAGAUGUUGUAUUUUUUUAUAUUAGACAUUUGCAUAUUAUUUUGGGCGCAACUUCUGUAUAGUUAGUGUACGGAGCUGAUACUAAGUUGCAUGCUUUUUCAGUUCAGACAGUCUAAAUUGGUCAUUGGUCAGCAGAUCGGGUGUAUCGGUCGCGCCCGCAUUUUGGGGCAAAAAUUUGGGUACGCAAAUAUAUACGGUAUGUGGGCAUCACAUUCUGGGUCAUGCAGACAACUAUAUUACGUUUCGUAUGCAAGUGUGGCCUAGAUGACCCAAAAAGAGAUGUUCAUGUAUGUGGACACUGGGCACUGUCUCAAUUAUAGUAUUAUUUUAUAUGGAUAUGAACAGCCAGUGGCUGUUAAAUGAGUGAGCAAAGGAUUAGUCUGAUUUCUUAUCGGACAAAGUGGGAUGGGGGAUCAUUUAUUGUCGUGUCUAGGUUUCUGGUUUCCACAGUGGAUGUUAGCAAAUACAUGUAUACAUUUUUCAAAAAGGUUUACAAGACAAGCAAUGUAAAUAGGUUUGACACCGAAGCAAGGACUGGCAACAUCGAUACAGACUUUUCAGUGAUUAUCAAACCAGCUAUACAGACAAUCUAGCAGUUUAGGUUUUAUUUUUGUAUUCACUGUGUUUAUUGUGGAUGAAAUGCCACAUAGUCCCGAGAAGCUGAUUGUGUACACAAAUACAUUAUAUGUAUCUUUCACUGUCUGUUCUCGUCUCUCGGUGUACAUGUGUUAGCCAGGUGUUUGCUAUUAAACUAUCCUUUAUAGAGAGAAAUAAGUUUUCGUCUUUUCGCUUCGGUUUCAUCCAAACCAAAACUUUACACUCAAAAUACUGCCACAUCGAAGUUUAAUGAAGCCAUAUCAUGUCACUUAUUACACGAAAACACCAAUAUGUUGUUGUUAAAUGCUGAUUUACGGCACCAAAUCCAGGUCGUCCUGUCAUGUAUGAUGUUAUAAAAUAGUAUGAAAAGGCUGACAUGCUGAAUACUUGAAGAAACCGUUUUCGGCUACGCUCGCAUGUAGAUCCUUGUGCACACCACAUCGUCAGCUCCAAAAGUCUGAAACAAGAAAUUACGAUGAAUGUCAGCUGUGGCUGGGUGAGAUUACUCACAAAUUAAGUUAUUUUAACCAAGCAUCAACUCAUUAACCCAUGCUGGAACUUUUGUCAGGCACCAACAUCUUCAUACGGCUAAUCUCUAUUAUACAAUCAGACUUGUACUCAGAUAGGGGUAGUGUAGCACAAUUGCCUAUCUCUGAGUGCAGUUAAUAGGGAUGCCUGAAAAACUUUUUGGUUUUCGCCCAUAAAACAAUACACAUAUUAGUGGCCAAUAACUUAAAAAUGGGAAAAAGAUAACCUGGGUACCAAAUUCAAGACAAUAUACUGACCUCCAAAAAACGCUAAAAAUUAAGUUCGCAAUUUGCGCCUAAUUUUUAAGGCGCCACAUACCUGUAUUUAAAACAAUGUGCAGUAUGAGUCUAAAAUUUGGUUUGUUAUUCAUGUAAAGGUAUCUCCAAAAUAAAUUAGCCAAAUUUGUCAAUCUCCAGAACAUUGUUAUGAAAAGACCCUUACGGGUACUUCAACAGGUUGAAGGAUAUCAUAUAUGCAGGCACUUGUGUGUGUGUGGGGGGGGGGGAUUGUAGGGUGCUUGAGCACCUGCCAAAGUGCCCCUUUUGACUGGGCUUUUUUUUUUUUUCUUGGUGCGUAUGUGUGUGCUGGCCGACUGUGCAGACACGCCACCCAGUACUUGAACACCGAAAACACCUUUAAAAAAAAAAAAAAAUGCCGCCUUUGUGCCGCUAAGCAGCCACAUAACACCCCCCCACCCUGCACGUUGUUCCUCUUUGACCUGGGUGUGGGGUGGUGAGGAGUCCGAGGACAUGUGGUGGUUGGAAACGGUGUUACCCUUAUAAAGUGUAUGAGCAAAUAGUGAAAAUUCUCACACCAGGUUUACAGUGGGGAUUUUUGUUGUUGUUGUAAAUAAUUAAUUAUCCGUAAUUUUCUGAUAUAGUUUUCUGCUUUAGUAAUUAAUUGCCUCCAACCCCCAUGGCUAUUUCGAUCCGUUUGUCUCUACUCCCUAUCAGCAACCAUAUUUGUUCUCUUCACAACGUUACAUAGAAAGGUAAACAUCUUAGGGUUAACAUAGAAAGGUACACAUCUUAGGGUUAAGAUCUCGUUUUCAUCUUAAUUUAAUAUUUGCAAUUCGUUCCUUUAUUUCAUUUUCUGUGAUUCCGGUGUUUGUAUGAAUCUUAAUGUGAUAAUUUGGUAAUUUCAUUUCUUUGUAUUUUGUUGUAAAAUGUAUAUUUUUCCAAUGUUCCUGCUAGUCACCCUUGUUCAGUGUGUUCGGUCUUCUCUCUCUCUUCACAACGUUAGUUAGAGAGAAAGAAAUUAAAGUUUUUAGAAUAAAAGCCACCAGGGAAUCUGAUUUAUUCAG